GAGCACUUCUUGUCUCUGUUGGGCCCGCUCGCCAGCUCCCCGACUGCCUGGCCUCCGUUAACCCUUUCCUUUCUCCUCUGGAGCGCUUCCUCUGCGUUUUCUACACAAUUAAGGCCUUACCUGGCCUCAGCAAACCCUUUGCAGCCUCCUCAGAGAGCCAGCCAGACCCCCACCCCUCGCCAAAUCUGGCAGAGCCACCACCCCGAAGACACUAGCCGGCCUGGGGUGUUCUCAGCCUAAGUCCCUGCAGACAUGAAGAAAUUCCUUUACUGCCAAGCAUGUAACCCCUGCCCCUCCUCAGCUAGUUCCUCCUCCCCACUUACCUCCCAAACCAGGCUGCCCCGCCCUGGCCCCUCUCCUGGCACCGCUGCCCCCACGCACAGUGCUCAUCCCGCGCAGAGCCCCCCUCCCACCGUCGGAGUCUAAAGCUGUGCUAAAUUCUACCGCUCUUGGCUCCUGCGCGGCCUCGCACCCCCAUCCAGUAAUCAUCUCACCCUUUUGGGAAGUGACCUGUUGUGCCGACCUGCUGUCCUUUGCCUCCCACCCUGUGGCUCAUCAACAGAAUUGUCAGUGGCAUCGGACCUAACCUGUUCUCCAGAAGCAAGGGACACUCGUCCAUUCAACAGACAUUUCCUGAGCCCAUGGCUUGUCCCAGGCACUGCCCUGGGCACUUGGUGCAGCAUCCACAACACAGAAGGAGAGGGAGGGGUGGAGGAGCUGCAGGUGGUGUCUGAGGGAGGGGCCCCAUGGUGACCGGCUCCAGUGGGGGCCACUGCUCAGAGAUCACAGUCAGGCUGUUUGCACCAACCUCCUAGUUCCCGGGAUUUCUCCGGCCCAUUCUUACCACCAGCAGGCACUAUCUGAGCUGUUCUCAGCCCCAGCUCGUGCCAGCAGCCCGGGGCUGGCUCUGAGGCUCACAUGAUCCCCAAGGUCAUCUCCUUCUCCCAGGGGCAGGGGCAGGCCAGACAGAGAAACCGGCAUCUCUUUAGGAUCUGGCCUCAGGCGCUUCCCAGACUGUGCCUUGUCACCUUGCAGAGGUCUGGUCUCUGUGCUCGCUCUUGGUGCCCUAAUCUGUAAAAUGUACAGCACCACCACCCCCUCCUGGGGGCCUCCUCCCAGAGUUAGGAGGCUGGGUCAGGGAGGAGCUCUUGUGCAGGAGUGGAGGUGAGUUGGGGUGCUAACCGAAAGGUCUGCGGUUCAGAACCAUCAGCCUCUCUCCAGGGAGAAAGAUGGGGCCCGUUACAGCCUCAGAAACUCACAGGGGCAGGUCUACACUAUUCCGGAGUUUCUGACUCAAGUUCCAUCGAGUGCUGGCAGUGAGUUUGGGGAAGGCACUGCCCCUCCCUGGUUCCUGCGCCACCAGACUGCUUGCGACUCUCACACACACACUCACCUCUGGCAUGAGCCUAGCUGGAACUGGCCCCAGCCCACCUGGACAGCCCCUCUUCCCUCAAGACAAUUGGAGUGGUUUUUUUCUUUUCUUCUUUUUUUUUUUUUUUAACCCUUCAAGUGCCCCUAGGCAACUUCAGUUCUCUCUCGGGCUCAACAGGAAAAAGUUUAUUAGUUCCAAUUAGCAGUCCCAUUAAGGAGGGAAAUUAGAGUGGUAAUAAGCUCCCACUGAUUGGCAAAACAACAGGUUUCCCUGGCCUCGGGGCAUUAGAGGCAGUGGGUGUCAGCUACCUCUCCUGCCCCCAGCCUGGGUUCAAAGGGUUACGGCUGAUGAGCUCUUAAUUACACACUUACAUUCAUCUCUGUGCUUUGUUGUGAUUUUAAGAUCUGGAGCAAGACGCAGGCCUGCGGAGGGGGAGGGGCACGGAGAGCUGAUGCCCAGGAAAGCAGGGGGAUAGGCAACUGAAGCUCAUUAAGGAUGACGGAGGCCUGGGCAGGAGGGGGGAAGGCCAGAUCCUCCUGGAGCCCCAGGCCCCCGAGGUAGCCUUACCUGUCCCUGUCUGCCUGGAGCAAAGCCCUUUGAGGGCAGUUGGCGGUGAGGGGGCCCUGACUGCGUGGAACAGCCCCCCAAUGGUCCCGGCCCAUGAGCCAGCCUGCGAGAGCUGGUGCAAGCUCGCCCGUCGGGGCCUCUACGUCUGCAGUGAGUUCCGUGGCAGCUUUCACCAGUGGGCCAAGGCUCCCGGAAGGCCCCCUGGCAUCCUGAGCUCUGGGAUGGAGCCGGAGACGGUGCUGUGGGGCCCGGAUCUGCAGCAGGACCCUGAGCAGAGCCACGAGGAUGCUGACAGAGGCGCUGAAAGUGGAAACGACGAGGAGAGCUCCCGGCAAGAAAGUUCUGGGGAGGAGGUCAUCUUGGGAGAUCCAGCUCAGAGCCCAGAGUUCAAGGACCCUGCAGAGAUGACCCUGGAGGGGCCCUCCCUGGCUCCCUCCACCCCCCAGGACUCCCCAGCCUCACCGGGACCCGCCAGCCCCUCGGACCUCCAGGCACCUCCAGACCCCUCGGACCCUGAGGUCGUCCCUGCUCCGGCCGACUGGACCAAGGCCUGCGAGGCCACUUGGCAGUGGGGGGCCCUGACCACGUGGAACAGCCCGCCCGUGGUGCCCGCCACCGAGCCGAGCCUGCGGGAGCUGGUCCAAGGCCGCCCGUCAGGGGCCGAGAAGCCUUACAUCUGCAACGAAUGUGGCAAGAGCUUCAGCCAGUGGUCCAAGCUGCUGCGGCACCAGCGCAUCCACACGGGCGAGCGGCCCAACACGUGCUCCGAGUGCGGCAAGAGCUUCACGCAGAGCUCCCACCUGGUGCAGCACCAGCGCACGCACACGGGCGAGAAGCCCUACAAGUGCCCGGACUGCGGCAAGUGCUUCAGCUGGAGCUCCAACCUGGUGCAGCACCAGCGCACGCACACGGGCGAGAAGCCCUACAAGUGCACCGAGUGCGAGAAGGCCUUCACCCAGAGCACCAACCUCAUCAAGCACCAGCGCUCGCACACGGGCGAGAAGCCCUACAAGUGCGGCGAGUGCCGCCGGGCCUUCUACCGCAGCUCCGACCUCAUCCAGCACCAGGCCACGCACACGGGCGAGAAGCCCUACAAGUGCCCCGAGUGCGGCAAGCGCUUCGGCCAGAACCACAACCUCCUCAAGCACCAGAAGAUCCACGCGGGCGAGAAGCCCUACCGCUGCACGGAGUGCGGCAAGAGCUUCAUCCAGAGCUCCGAGCUGACCCAGCACCAGCGCACGCACACGGGCGAGAAGCCCUACGAGUGCCUGGAGUGCGGCAAGAGCUUCGGCCACAGCUCCACCCUCAUCAAGCACCAGCGCACGCACCUCCGCGAGGACCCCUUCAAGUGCCCCGUGUGCGGCAAGACCUUCACCCUGAGCGCCACGCUGCUGCGCCACCAGCGCACGCACACGGGCGAGCGGCCCUACAAGUGCCCCGAGUGCGGCAAGAGCUUCAGCGUCAGCUCCAACCUCAUCAACCACCAGCGCAUCCACCGCGGCGAGCGGCCCUACAUCUGCGCCGACUGCGGCAAGAGCUUCAUCAUGAGCUCCACGCUCAUCCGCCACCAGCGCAUCCACACGGGCGAGAAGCCCUACAAGUGCGCCGACUGCGGCAAGAGCUUCAUCCGCAGCUCGCACCUCAUCCAGCACCGGCGCACGCACACGGGCGAGAAGCCCUACAAGUGCCCCGAGUGCGGCAAGAGCUUCAGCCAGAGCUCCAACCUCAUCACGCACGUGCGCACGCACAUGGACGAGAACCUCUUCGUGUGCGCCGACUGCGGGAAGGCCUUCCUGGAGGCGCACGAGCUGGAGCAGCACCGCGUGGUCCACGAGCGGGGCAAGACGCCCGCGGCGCGCCGAGCGCAGGGCGACUCGCUGCUGGGGUUCGGGGACCCGGCGCUGCUGACCCCGCCGCCGGGCGCCAAGCCCCACAAGUGCCUGGUGUGCGGCAAGGGCUUCAACGACGAGGGCAUCUUCAUGCAGCACCAGAGGAUCCACAUCGGGGAGAACCCCUACAAGAACGCCGAGGGCCUGCUGGCACACCCCGCCCCCAAGCCCCCGCAGUGCCGGCCCCCGAGGCUCCCGUUCGGGGGGAACUCGUACCCCAGCGGCGCGCCCGACGGCCGAGCCGAGCCCCCGGGACAGCGGUUUAAGACGCCCGACGGGCCGGCCGAGAGCUUCAGCCAGCGCCUGGGCCUGCUCUCCUCCAAAGCCCACCUUUGCGCCCUCUGCGGCGAGAGCUUCCUGGAUCGCGCCCUGCUGCUCCAGCACCAGCUUAGCCACGGCGGCGAGAAGCCCUGCCCCUUCCCCGAUUACCGGACUGGCCUCGGGGAAGGGGCAGGGCCCAGCCCCUUCCUGAGCCGAAAGCCCUUUAAAUGCCCCGAGUGCAAAAAAAGCUUCGGCCUCAGCUCGGAGCUGCUGCAGCACCAGAAGGUGCACGCGGGCGGCAAGGCGCCGAAGAGCGGCGCCGAGCUGGGCCGGGGCUCGUCCGUACUCCUGGAGCACCUCACGAGCCCCCUGGGGGCCCGCCCCUACAGCUGCUCCGACUGCGGGGCCGCCUUCCUCGACCGCCUGGCCCUCGCCAGGCACCAGGAGACCCACACCCCAGACAAGCCCCCCAGCCCCGAGGCCCCGCCGCCCGAGCCAGCCACCCUAUGCACCAGCGCCCCCGAAGGGGCGGACCCCGCCCCCACGGGGAGUAGCAACCGCGGAGAAGGGGAGAAGCCCAAGUCCCGCUUGGAAGAGAGACCCUAUUUGUGUCCCGAGUGUGGAGACGGCUUCAGCGAAGUCGCCGCCCUCCUGCUCCACCGGAGCUGCCACCCCGGGGUUUCCCUCUGAAGAGGGUGUGGAGAAAGCGGUCUCUCUCUCUCUCUCUCUACUGAGAGGCACACCGGCGCCUCCCAAGAAGAAAGCAGACGAAGGAAGAACACCCGGCUACAUGGUAGAGAAAGCGGAGGCAAGAGAACCCGGGGCAGUAGUAGCUUUUACAUCCGGGGCCCAGAAACCCGAUCAAGUUGUUGCAGGGGUGGGGGGGAACCACUUAUAAGGCAGCAUAGAAACACUUGGGUUAGAAACCCUAUAAAUAUGUAGGAAAACAAAAUCCUUUUAAGUCUGUAGCAGAGAAAACCCUAUAAACCACAGUGGAUUAAAAAGCCCUAUUACUUGUAGGAAGAGGUCCCAAUACGUCUCUAGACAGCCCUAUAGAACUGUUAUCAGAGGCCUUGUGAAACUAUAGGGUCGGGAUAACCGUGGCCCUCAGAAGGUGUAGGCGAGCCUCCCAUAAACCUAUUUCAUGGUGUCCAUCCUGUCCGUCCACCAUCCCCCGCUGCUGCCCCCCGAGAGUCGGGGUGGGAAGCCCCUUAAGGAAAGCGCUCACCUGGGGAGCAGCCAGACGGCAUGAGACUAACGGCAGAGGCCCAGUGAGCUGAGGAGAGGAGCCAGCUCAGCGCACAGUGGGCUUCUUGGGCAAGAGGCCAGUGUCAGAGAAGCUAUGUAGUGUGGGGGUGUGCAAGAGCACGGGGGAGGGGGGAAGGCCUGUGGAAUUCCUUAUCAAAUAUGAAGGCAAGGAAGAGAAAAAGGAAAAGAUAGCAAGAGGCUGAUGUUGGGGGGGGCUGCGGGGUGCACAGAACGUAAGGACACUGGGAACCCCACACACGAGGAGGAGGAGGAGGAAUGGGGGGCUGCUGUGGUUGCUUUGAGGUGGAGAAAUGGUUCAAGGGAGAACCCUGCUCACUCCUGGGUGGCCCAGAAUUCGCCCUGACUCAGGACUGAUACCCCUUCUCUCAGCUCCGAGAGCCACGCCAGGGACAGAGGGCCCCUCUUGCCACAUUCUCAGGUCUCACUCUCAGGAAGGUUUUCCUGGAAUCUUGCUGUGGUAACAGCCCGUCUCUCCGCCUUCUGUCCUCAGUGGGAGAGGGUGGUCCGCUGCUAAUUGACCUCCAAAGAACACCGCCCUAUAGAGACUCAAGGCCUCUCUGUCCGGUCCAGUCCUGUCUAGGCUUCACCCCUUCCAGUCUACCAGAGCCACGGUGGAGUCUCUGUGGUAACGAGAGACGGCAAGCUGAUCAAGUAGAAAGCUUCAAUUAGCCAACAACCUGCUUUUUGAAACUUUAGUCUUCCACUCCAGCUGUCCGUAAGGCAGCUGCAGGACAAGUGACUUGCUCCUAACUGUGGCUGGCUGACACCCCGUGGACGGGACCGUGGGUCCCAGAAGAGUUUACAGAGGCCUGACCACCUUCCCUGCCCUCCUGGUGCCUGGAGCCCUCUGAGGCUGUCAUGACCCCACACAGGCAAUGGUGGCCUAGUUCCUCCUCAGCCAGAAACCCGAGAAACAGAAGGAAGGAGAAACGGGGUUUCCCUGCCAGGCCCCUCUCCUGUUCUCACACCCCACACACGAUUACCACACAUUCAGCCACAGUCACUCACAUGACUGGUUUUGUGUGUGUGUGUGUGUGUGUGUGUCCCUCAAAUGGCUGGAGAGAGCGAACUCUUGAGAAAAACAUGUUAUUGAGGACACACAUCUCUUCAGCCUGAGGACAACUUUGGUUCAUGCUGGAGCUGAAAGGCGGUGCUGUGCUGACAUAACACACGGGAUGAAGUGGCCCUCCUGCGGCUAUGUCCCCAGAGAGGGGGACCCGGAUGCCUGCACAGCUGUGGGAGAGACCUCCAGCAACUCUACCUACAAGUUCUUUCACCCUUCAUCCCCCUGCCCCUGAAGAAUGAUCCUCAUCCUCAGGUUGGGAAGGAUCACAAUGUAGAAUGCUUCCAGGCUGGGGGUGGGGGGAGCAAGCCAUGGAUGACUGCAGGGAAAAACCUUGUUAACAUCUGCAGCCCCCCCCAAAUGCCUGGUAGAAAACCCUGCUGAGAGGGCAGGGGAGCCUGCCUCUAGACCUCUGGUGAAAAACUCAACCAAGGGGACCUCCCAUUCAGGAGGAGGAAAAGGAGUUAAAUGCUCCAAGUCUAAGAUUCCCCCCACCCCACCCCCUUUCAAAUAAGAGCAGAAAGAAACUAAAUUGUAGAGACAAGCCCCUUGUAAAGCUAGAAGCAGACCCCCUUGGAAACCAGCCUAAGGAACUAGUCCCCAGAAAAUCAUUCUGGGGAACAGCCUUCGGGGCCCAAGGGUCAGUCCAGGGGAGAUGGCCCCCGUAGUCAGAGGCUAGGGUGUAGCACAUCAUAGGAUGCUCGCAUGUUGUAGGAACAGGUGAGGGCUGAGGGUCUCAGCUCCGGUACUGAAGGGAAGAUGUGUGGGUGGACACGAUUCAUGGGGUCUGGGCUUUCAGCGCAGGGGAAAGGUGUCUCCGGGAGACCUUGUUCUCACUGGGCCACCUGCCCCCACCUCUCAGCCAGGUGCUUCCCCUCUAGCCAGCUGCUGUUGGGAGAAACGAAGGUGAGAGCUGGUUGGGAGAGGUGGCCCACCAAGUGGAGUGGCCUCAGCCCUUGCCACCAGAGCUGAGUCUGAGAGGCUUCGCACACCGUCCCAGCACUCGGCUCCACGAAGGACCCAGACCCACCCCACAGGGUUAAGGAAACACUGGGGGAGGAGAAAGUGCCCUGAGCUUAGGGUGACACUCGAAACCACUUGGCUCUGGGGGGUCAGAUGGGAACUCUAGAGAACUCCUGAAUUGUGUGUGUGUGUGUGGGGGGACUCGAAAUCCUCCUGAGAAGCAGGGUUCCAUGACACCCACACAGACCCCACUGCCCCCCACCGGGGCAGCCCCAUUGGCUUGAGUUGUUGAGUUGGCCCGCCCCCCCCACCCCAAGCGAGGAGAGGCCCCACCCUUGAGUGUUUUGUGUCUAACCGUGUUGUGUCGCUGGUGGUCUGUCGAUUCGUUGAAGAGAAUAAAGGGAAUAAGAUGUC